AUUUGAUAAGACACCGGAAGGAAGGCAUCAAUAAAGCGUCAGUUGUGGUAGCCCUAAAUAACCCAACAACAACAAGUUGGUCUUCAUUCGGAUUUUUUUUUUUUUUUUUGAUAAUGGAAACUGACGAAGAUUUUGCUAGGAAGUUACAAGCUGAGUUUAAUGAAGAAGCCAGACUGGCUGAGGAGCAGGAGUGUCAAGAUGCAGCACUAGCUCACACACUGGCCUCUCAGUCACACUCUCUGUCGGACAGUGAUGAAGAGACUGAAGAAGCCAGCGGCCAGGGAGCAGCGCACGGUGUGACACCGUAUGUUAGUCCAAGGAAGCCAAAAGUGCUGGUUGGGGACACUGGAGAUACCAGAACAGUUGGAUCUGGGGUUAAUUGUACCUCACCACGUAAGCAAGGUUUGUUUUGGCCUUUACUGUAA